UGAACAUUUCACAAGUUGCAAUUAGAACAUGAAACUAUUCAUAACAAUUCUGGCUUUGGCAGUCAGCGCUGCCUCAGCAGGUCCCUCGUCAGGCAUUGCCUAUCCCAAGGAUCUGCCGAAAUCCGAUAAGAUCGAGGGUCGCAUCACCAACGGUUAUCCCGCUUACGAGGGCAAAGCACCCUAUACCGUUGGCUUGGGCUUCAGCGGCAACGGUGGUGGCUGGUGGUGCGGUGGUUCCAUCAUUGGACACAACUGGGUCCUCACUGCCGAGCACUGCUCCGGCAGCGCUGAAUCUGUGACCGUCUACUUCGGCGCCACCUGGCGCACCAAUGCCCAGUUCACUCACUGGGUUGGACGCAAUGACAUGAUCAACCACCACGAUUCGGAUAUCGCCUUGAUCCGUAUUCCUCACGUGGACUUCUGGCACCUGGUCAACAAGGUGGAGCUGCCCAGCUACAACGAUCGCUAUAACGACUACAACGAGUGGUGGGCUGUUGCCUGUGGAUGGGGAGGCACCUACGAUGGUUCCCCUCUGCCCGACUGGAUGCAGUGCGUCGACUUGCAGAUCAUUCAUAAUUCCGAGUGCCAGCGUUACUACGGUACUGGUCUUAUCCAAGACAAAAUCCUCUGUGUGCGCGUUAACGAUGGCAAAUCCACCUGCCAGGGUGACUCUGGCGGUCCAUUGGUUACACAUGACGGCAAUAAACUGGUUGGUGUUACCAACUUUGUACCUGCAGCAGGCUGCCAAUCUGGUGGUCCAUCUGGCUUUGCGCGUGUCACCUAUCAUUUGGACUGGAUUCGCGAUCACACUGGCAUUGCUUACUACUAAAAUGCACAGAAAAUAAAAUGAUAUAUUGAAUAUUAAU